UUAACACUGAUACACACACACACACACACACACACACUCUCUCUCUGACACACAUACACAGGUGCACAUGCAUGCAAACCUACCUUUAGGAAAGCACCUAUAUCCUACCUGUUGGAGGAGAACCCGCUGGAGAGGACAGAGGAAAGAGGACAGAGGACAGAACUGGGGGGAGCACAGGGACCAGCCCUUCUUUUGGGAUUCCUCCUGGGUGGGACCCCUGGGUUGGUCUGGGGGGCGAACACUCCGCGCUCACUGAGGACUAGGACAGAUCGCACGUGCCCCCUCCUGGCUUGGAGAGACAGAGCAGCUGUUCUGAGGAGACCCCACAGCACACCAUGGCCCAAUAUGACCAACUGGAUGACAAGGAUUCUGUGGACAUUCACGAUAACCCUCCCGUCCCUGAUAACUUUGUGAAAGAGAAUGAAAACACUGUGUAUUUUGUGUAUGAGGAAGAGGUGGAGGUGGAGGAGAAGAAGGAGCCCACACCUGAGCCCAUUAUAAUGGUGAACGAGAGACCGCACAAGUUCAAAGACCACUACUGCAAGACGGCCAAGUUCUGCGAUGUCUGUGCGCGUAUGAUCGUCCACAACAACAAGUUUUGUCUGAGGUGUAAGAACUGCAAGACCAAUAUUCACCACAAGUGCCAGUCCUAUGUGGAAUUUCAGAAGUGCUUUGGGAAAAUUCCUCCUGGGUUCAGACGGGCCUACAGCUCCCCCCUCUACAGCAGCCAGCAGAAUGCAGCUGUGAAGGAGCUUCUGCCUUUCUCAAUGUCCAAUCGCCCAGACCCGGUGUUUGAGACCCUGAGGGAGGGAGUCAUCAUGGCCAACAAGGAGCGCAAGAAGGACACCGAUGAGAAAAAGAAUCUGAUGAUGAUGAUGGAGGAAGAAGAGGAGAAUGCGCCCAAACCUGCGGAGGGCGAGGCAGCAGAAGGAGCAGCAAACACAGAAGGAAACAAACCAGCAGCUGAUGACAAGAGUAAGAAGCUGCCAGCGGGUAAAGUGGGCGUGUUCUCCCAGUCACAUUACUACCUGGGUCUGUUCCGCUUCAAGGCCAUAGAGAAGGACGACCUGGACUUCCAUCCUGGGGAUCGGAUCACAGUGAUCGAUGACUCUAAUGAAGAGUGGUGGAGGGGUAAGAUUGGGGACAGGGUGGGCUUCCUCCCAGCCGAGUACCUCAUCCGCGUGCGCGAGGGCGAGCUGGCCUUCAAGGUCACACGCUCCUUUGUGGGAAACAGAGAGAUGGGCCAGAUCACUCUGAAGAAAGACCAGAUCGUGGUGAAGAAGGGAGACGAGAAGAACGGGUAUCUAAAAGUCACCACCGGCCGCAAACUGGGCUACUUCCCCACCGACCUGCUCGAGCUGAUCUGAGCCAGAACCACCGACCUGCUCGAGCUGAUCUGAGCCAGAACCACAUCAGAACCGAAUCAGAACCACAUCAGAACCCCGGCAGAACCGCAUCAGAACCGCAUCAGAACCCCGGCAGAACCCGGCCCAGUGUGGGGAGCCCCCUGUACCCCACAGCAGUCAGCAGAGGAUUGUGUGUCCCUCACAGUAACCUGCUGACUUUUACAAUUUCAUCAAUAAUUUACUGUCUGUUUGUAUGCGUCUGGAAAUAAUUCACCCUUGUUCAUUAUGAGCACAUCAGUAUUGUUCUUUACAUUUAUCUGGAUUUUUUUUUUCUUUUACAGUCAAUUUUAUUAAUGUGGGAAUUGUAUUUGUAUAACAUGGCACUUUUCAUGGAUCUCAAAGCUCUUGGCGACUCGCUGCAAUUAUUAACGAAUCACAGCACUCACCUGGGUGAUGCACGGCGGCCAUUUUGUGCCAGACCGAUCGUCACACAUCAGCAGAGGGAGGAGUUAACAAGUGAUGCAGCGAACUUUGAGUGUGGUACCUGCAGAAAAAUAAAACAAAUGAUUCCAAAAUUA